GAGUCCCCACCUUCCCUGCCAAAAGUUCUAAUGCUGCUUCUUCUUCCCGCUUCCCUUAAACCCUAACUAAACCCUCUCGCCCACUUCACUCUGUCCACUCAUUCAGCAGCAAAUGUUCUCCUUUCUCCUCCGUGAACGUUCCAGAAGGCUCUACGACCUCCUAGAAUGCUCCGGAACCGUCAUCUUUGCCCGUUCCAUGGGCGGCGGCCCGCGGACCUUUCCUGGUGGCCUCAACAAGUGGCAGUGGAAGCGCAUGCACGAGAAGAGGGCCAAAGAGAAGGAGAAGAGGCUCCUCGCGCAGGAGAAGCAGCUCUAUGAGGCGCGCAUCCGGUCCGAGAUCCGCGCGAGGCUCGCCGGAGGACCUGAUCAAGUGGUCGACGACCCAUCCUCCACCCACGGCCCGAUGACCCCGAAGGACCACAUCAAAGCCUUAGCCGAUCGAUUCAUGAAGGAAGGGGCGGAGGAUUUGUGGAACGAAGAAGAUGGCCCGCUCAGACCUCCUCCUCCACCAUCCACCUCGAGGUCCAAUCGUCGGCCAGGAUCGAUUCAGUCGCCUAUCGAUCUGAGGAGAUUGGUUUCUGAUGCUGAGAGUAAAUUCUCAAGCCAUUCGAGUGGUAUGAAUUCUGUAGGAGGUAGUAGUAAUUGCAAUCACGUGAAGAGCAGGAAUUACUCAGUGCAGACUAGGGUGAGAUUUCGCAGAAAUGAGAGCUCAGAGAGCGAAUUGGAUUCUAGUUUGAGUAAUGAUUCGCAUGUUCGCAAGGGAAAUUUCAAGUCUUUCAGUAAUUCGAGGAACGUGAAUGAUAAGAUGAAUGGGAACUUUUUGAGGCCGAGAAAGAAGAUGUACUUUAGGAAUGAUGACAGUUCUUCCAGUGAUGAUGAUUCGGAUUUCGACGCCGAGGAUGAUGUGGCUGGGCCGAGUGCAGGUGAUUCGAGGUGGCCGAGGCUGAGUUUGGGCGGGGCAGAAUCGGAGGAGGAUGAGAAGGGAACAAGGGGAGGGAUUGGUAUGAGGAAAUUAGGGAGCAGUGCUUCACUGGGGAAGUAUGAUAUGAAGAUCAAGAAAAGAGUGCCACUGCAGCACCUCGAGAAAGAGACUGAUUUUCUGCAGGAGGUGGAGAUGCUUAGGCACGAGCUGAAUAGGAAGAAAAUGGCUGAAAAUCAAGGGGGAAACAUCGAGGAGGAUUCCCUUCUUACUCAGAAAAGAUUUGACGAGUGCAAUAUCUCUCCGCUGACAAAUAAGGCACUCGCUUUAGCUGGUUAUAGACAAAUGACCAGAGUGCAGGAGGCUGCACUCCCGGUUUGCCUUGAAGGCAAGGAUGCUUUGUUCAAAGCUAAAACCGGGACAGGCAAAAGUAUAGCCUUUUUGCUUCCUGCUAUUGAAACAGUUUUAAAGGCAAGUGCCAACAGCAAUCAACGGGUGCCCCCAAUAGAUGUGCUCAUUCUUUGCCCUACAAGAGAGCUUGCUAGCCAAUUAGCUGCAGAAGCCAAAGCUUUGCUGAAGUAUCAUGAAGGUAUAGGCGUGCAAACUUUAGUUGGGGGUACACGCUUCAAAGUCGAUCAAAAGCGCUUAGAAUCUGAUCCAUGCCAGAUAAUUGUUGCAACUCCUGGUCGGUUGUUGGAUCAUAUUGAGAGUAAAUCGGGUUUGUCUGUUCGUUUAAUGGGUCUCAAGAUUCUUAUACUUGAUGAAGCUGAUCAUUUAUUGGACCUUGGGUUCCGUAAAGACAUCGAGAAGAUUGUUGAUUCUCUGCCUCGUAAGAGGCAAUCCUUGCUAUUUUCUGCAACCAUCCCAAAGGAGGUACGAAGAAUAUCUCAGCUUGUUUUAAAAAGAGAACAUGACUUCAUUGAUACAGUGGGUAUAGGUUCUAUAGAGACUCCUCUUAAGGUCAAGCAGUCAUGCCUAGUAGUUCCUCAUGAACAGCAUUUUCAAGUAAUAUUCCGCCUUCUUAAGGAGCACGUUCUACAAACACCUGAUUACAAGGUUAUGGUCUUCUGCACAACUGGGAUGGUGACAUCCCUCUUAUAUAUGCUUUUCCGAGAAAUGAAAAUGAAUGUCAGGGAGAUUCAUUCGAGAAAGCCUCAAAUCUUCCGGACCCGUAUAUCUGAUGAAUUUAGGGAAUCAAAGAGACUGAUUCUCGUCACUUCUGAUGUUUCUUCACGUGGAAUGAAUUACCCUGAUGUUACAUUGGUCAUUCAGGUAGGCAUUCCUUAUGAUCGCGAGCAAUACAUACAUCGUCUUGGAAGAACUGGUCGGGAAGGGAAAGAGGGCGAAGGCAUUCUGUUGCUUGCUCCAUGGGAAGAGUAUUUCCUUAAUGAAAUAAAAGACUUACCAAUGGAGAAACUUCCAUUACCUUCUUUGGAUCCAGAGUCCAAACUCAAGGUGGAAGAUUCAUUGUCGAAAGUAGACACUAGUGUCAAGGAAGCGGCAUAUCAUGCUUGGCUUGGGUAUUAUAAUUCGAUCAGCGAAAUUGGCCGAGACAAGACGACGCUAGUGGAGCUAGCCAAACGAUUCAGCGACUCUAUUGGAUUACAGAAUCCCCCUGCGCUCUUCAGGAAGACUGCCCUGAAAAUGGGUCUCAAGGAUAUCCCUGGAAUCAGAAUCCGCAAGUAGACCUUAAAAUUGGGUUUGGGUUUGCUUUGAAUUCGUUUCCAUCGGUAGAUAUUCAGUUUGCAACAGCUUGACGAUGUUAUCCGAUUGAGUGAUCAGACAAGUCAGCAUCAGAGUACCGAGAGUCCUCUUCAGCCUGAUGGGUCAUCGCACUGUUGCCAAGUGAUGAAGAUAUCCGCUCGGCUUUGGAAGAACUAAUAAGAACCAUUUUUCAGGAGGCUGCCACAUGUAAAAAACGUAACUAUUUUCCAACUUUUAGAGAAAUUGGGAGGACUUAUCUUUUGACCUUCUAAAGACUGGUUAUUUGGUGGAUGUAAAAGCUCAUUCCGAUAUAUGGAACUGAAACCAGUUAAUCAUGUGAAAUAAGUUGUCACCGAGUAGUUAAGCCUGCGAACCUCAUUUCGAUGGGUAGAUUGAAAUUUUCUG